AUGAUCCGCAGUGCUCACUACCCCGGCAAGGCAUACGCUGAGCUCUUCGCUUCACCCAUUGCCGGAGUUGGAGUGCGAGCAUUUAGGCAGAUUCCAGAGGGCGUUGAUCCCUUUCCCAUCUGCAACCCGCACAUGGCGGCCAAGGAGAGAUUCUGCAUAUGUUCUCACGCUGAGCUUCAAGCCAUGCCCGAUGGAGUCCUUGACAAGGUAAAGUCCUUCUUUGCGGCUCUGACCACGGAUGACAACUGGACUCCAGUUCGGGACGAGCAAGGGGAGAUGGUCUACGGUGUGCUUGCCUCUGGCAUGAACAACUUGAACCUCUCAUGGUACUUGAACCAUUCGGACGAGCCCAACGUGGCAUUCAAAGACGCCGAAGAGGAUGGAGGAUACAACUCUUUCGUGACCAGGCGCUUGCAUGCCACUGAGCCCCGCCCUCUAUCCGCUGCUGUGUCUGGCUGA